AUGGCGACCGAGGGCGGGGGGGCGUCGAGGACGACGACGCCGACGGCCGAGGGCGCGAGCGCGGCGGGGGGGUCGGAAGACGGCGCGACGGGGGAGGGAUGGGCGCGAUGGCGAUGGGCGCGACGGAUGGUGAUGGGACUCGCGAGCGCGAUCGUCGCGCUGUACGUCGUGGGCGUCACGGCUUCGGUCGGGGAGGAUGGGGAUGGACCGCGGUCCACGGCGGGCGGGGACGGGGGAGUGGGGGUGGAGACCGCGCGCGUGGCGGCGCCGACGUCGGCGCGCGUGGCGUACGUGCCGCAACCCGGGGCGAAGGGCGCGAGGUAUCGCGAUCGUUGA